ACACAAUCUGUGGAAGUAUUUCAACCACUUGUCAAUCGUCACCGUUUCGUACUUUGGAUUUUGGAUUUGAGUUUAUUUUCUCAGUGUUAAAUGAAAAUAAGAAAACCGACCCACCACAUGACCACCUUCAGUACUGGCUAAGUUUUUGCAUGUUCUGUAUUCGCUGUCAUACGUGGAAGUAUCAAAAUGUUCGAUGGUUUACUGACUGUCAGAUACCUAACCUCAAAAAAUUGUUUUUGUACACUCUCAGUUAACAAUUUUAAGCACUUGCAAAAUAAUGUUCUCGAAUUGCAUUAUAAUGAUAACGCUACGGCACAUGUUUCGGUCGCCCCCUCGUCGGCACCGUUUGACGAUCAAAGUAUUGGUAUAAAUUCGUUGUUUGCGAAAACGUUGGGUGUUGACGAAAAUUCAUUAGUUGCUGUUAGAGAAAUCGUGCAGGCUCCAACGAUUCAGAGUGUGACAGUUACUACACUUGAUGAUGAUGACUAUAGUGUUUUGGAGUCAUUAGCUGAAAAUGUUCAGUCAACUUUACUCGAACAGAUACGUGUUCUUAAUGAAGGUCAAAAGUUUAUAGUAUGGAUUGGAAAAACAAUCCAUGUCACAGUAUCUGUUUGUAGUAUAAAACCGAUUUCGCCGGGUAAAAUUGAUAAUUUAACAGAAGUGGUGAUUAAACCGCCAGAGAAAGAGUUCAAACCUAUUCAGAAUGAACCUGUUGAAGAUAAACAGACACAAAAUACUUGUACUAAAAAAGCGCCAUUUGAUUUUUUGGCGGAAUAUAUGAAUAAGACAGAAACUUUGAUUUUAAGAGUAGUGCCUUUUAAAGAUUUAGCUCAAAAAAUUGGGAAACUGUGCUUCCCCUUUAAUGUUUUUGUAUCAAGAAGUGUCAUUCCACAAAUUGAAGGAGACACAACUACUAAUCUAAACAUUUUCAUGUUGAAACUUUUAAGUAGUGAAAGUGAAAAGUCAGUUCAUGUAAGAUUAAUUAUUUUUGAAGAUUUUCUUCAAGAUUUCAAGUUAAAUAAAAUUUGUUCAGAAAAUAUAUUUGUUAGCGAUGUUCUUCAAGAGUAUCUUAGUUGUGAUAUUGGAUGUAGAGUAAUGCUAGAACCUUACCAAGGGCCUACGCCAGAUGUUAAAGAUUUAGAAAUUUAUACUAAGAAGAAUUGUUCUAUUGAUAUUGUUCAGACUUUCCAGCAAUAUCUAGCUGAUAGUUGUAGAGAACAAGAAUUUGUGUUGAAUUCAGAUGUUGUGAUAGACGUUACUAAUAAGUUAAGGUGCUUUAUAAGAUGUCAGCCCUGCAAGUUCAGGUUUUGUGUUGUAAAUCCAGAUUUUGUGAGGAAUUGUAAAUUGGUUGUUGUUAACGAAAUUUUACCUGAAAGAGAGGUUCUUGAACAAAAUGAAUUUACUAUGAGCAAAUACACGACUGCUGUGGCGAAUUAUCAAGAUAUAAUUGAUAAAUGUUUAUUUUUGUUUGCUUACAACACAAAGGUUUUCAGUAAAAUGUACAACGUCCUAAUAACAGGGAAGUCAGGUACCGGCAAGACGACGCUGUUAAAAACUAUAACAAACAUUAUAAAUUCGUUUCCUUAUUUUAUUUUCACGAAAAAAAUUAAUUGCAAAGCUAUUAAAGGAAAGACUGUCGAGUCUUUGCAUAAGUUAUUUUCAACAACAUUUUUUGAUUUAAUUCAUCAUCAACCCUCGGUUCUAAUUUUGGAUGAUAUUCACAUUUUAUGUGAAAAUGUAAAUGAAGGUGAUGGACUUGCUCAACAGGCCGUGUAUUUUAACAGGGUAAGUGAAAUGUUGGAAGGAUUAUUUAACCAAUUUUGUGAACAUAACGCUGUCGGAAUUUUGGCAACUACGGAGUCCACUUCCAAAUUAAAUAAACACAUAUAUGCGACACGGGGUAAUCAUUUAUUUAAAAAUGUUUACAAUAUUGAUCAGUUACAAAGAAAUGAUCGAUUAAAGUUAUUUGAUUUUUUUUUCACAAAUAAUGAACUUGAAAAUGUCGAUUUGAGAAAGUAUGUGGAGAAAACAGAAAGUUUCGUGAUGCAGGAUAUGGUCGACUUGGCUAACAAAACAUUGUUUGAAUCUUAUCAAGAGGAUCCUGAUCAAACUGUGCUGAAAAUAACCGCAGACCAUAUCGAAACGGCGCUAAAAACAGUAACUGAAACGUCCUUAGCAGGCGUUAACUUGCACCCGCUAGGAGAGAAAACUUUGGACGAUAUCGGUGGCCUAGCCGAUGCCAAAAAAAUUUUACUCGAGACUAUGUUGUGGCCGGCGAAAUACCCUGAUUUGUUCACGAAAGCACCCCUUCGUUUACCGUCUGGUUUGCUCCUUUAUGGACCUCCAGGUACAGGUAAAACUUUAUUGGCAGGAGCAGCUGCCAAACAUUGCGGCCUUAGGUUAAUUUCCAUAAAGGGACCGGAACUUUUAUCCAAGUAUAUCGGAGCCAGCGAGCAAGCCGUUCGUGAUGUAUUCCAAAGAGCACAAAGCGCCAAGCCAUGCAUAUUGUUCUUCGACGAGUUCGACAGCUUGGCUCCCAGGAGGGGUCAUGACAAUACCGGAGUUACUGACCGCGUUGUGAAUCAACUCUUAACUCAGCUAGACGGCAUCGAAUCCCUUUCCGGUGUAUUUGUUCUAGCCGCAACUUCUCGUCCCGACCUCCUCGAUCCCGCUCUUUUGCGGCCAGGUCGUUUGGACAUUCACAUUAGAUGUUCAUUACCUGACGAGAUCUCGCGACUAGAAAUCCUAGAAGCCCUAUCCAAACCCUUAAAGUUUUCCGAUGACGCAAAUCUAGUCCUGCUGGCUCAAGCGACCGAAGGUUUUUCCGGUGCGGACCUCCAAGCCGUACUUUACAGUGCCCAGCUGGAAUCUGUUAAAGGUCUCCUAGAAGACGAGGCGAACACGCAAGAAUUUCAGACGGAGAUUCAUCAGGUACAGUUGAUGGAAGCUUUGAAAAACACCAGGCCUUCCUUAACGAGGGCAGAGCGAAUGAAAUAUGAACAAAUUUACCGCAAUUUCGAAGGCGGCGGAAGCAAGGAUUUUACUCCCGGGAGCCGAGCUACUUUAGCGUAAAUACUUUCCAGAUUUGUUUAAUGUUUUUUGUUGUUAAUAAACGUGUUUCUUUUG